AUGUAAAUUUAAUUCAAAUAGCGUUUUUACUUGAUUUGAACUCGCAUACCUUGAAAUAUUCAAAUUAUAAAAAAUAUUAUCCUUCAAAAUGGUUGUACAGUGAUGUUAAAUUUACCAAUGAAACUGUUGAUACACUUCGAUGGGAUUUCGAAAAAAACAAUUCAAGCUGGAACAAUGAUAAGGAUAAGCUGCUUAAAAAGUUAAAAUCAACAGACGACGACGUCGAAAUUAUUGGAUUGAAUAAAAUAAAUAAAUCAAUUGAUAUCAGCAACAAAUUUUUUUAUUUUGUAGCGGCGGCUAUCGUCCGAUUAAUUGCAUCAUUCAUACAACAAUGCAAUCAUGUAAGAUCGUCGGAUUUAUUUAAUGAUGAAAAUACUAGAAUUAAUUAUGUUCAAUGCUGCUCUAAUAUGGCUAUACACAUAAGAAAGCUAAUGGAAAUUUCAGGGUUAGACUAUCAAAGGAGUUUUAAAAUAUUGGAAAUAGAAUUGAGUGAUUACGAAGAACGCGUAAUCCAAAAUACUACAAUAGCAAACGAUGAUAAAUUAAUAGCUCUUUACCAAAAAUGUUUCGUAAAAUUAUACGAAAUUUCAAUUAAUUAUAUGAACAUGGAAGCCUACAUUCCAAUUCAAGGAAUUUCGGUUUCAGAAACAACUUUGCCAGAGAUUUGGAUCCGGAUAGAAAGUCUAAAACAAAUCGCUAAAAAUUACAUUUCAAAUUUCCACAAAUUUUUCCAAGAUAUUAUUGAUAAUAGGCAUAUACACAAUGUAAUGGUUAACUCCAUUUAUUUGUUAUGGAUUAAUAUAAUUAAAGUUGAAUCGUCUUCUUUUCAUUUGAUUUUAUCUCGAGAAAUUCUUAAUAAUAUGAUUACAUCUCGUCCCAAAAAUGUUCCGAAAUAUCAGCCAGUACCAAAUUUAGAAAUAAGUCCCGAUUUAGAAACCAUGGAUAUUGAAAACACUAUGGUUUAAUUAUUUAGUUAUAAACUUAUAACAAAAAUAAUUAACAUUAAAUGUAUUUUAAUUUGUUAUGUUCAGAAAUCCAUAAUUUAAUUUUGGAAUUAUGAAAAAUUUUUUUUCAACAUAGCUAAAUUCACUAGAUAAAUUAUAUACCUUAGUAUUGUAUUGAAUAAUGUCUACUAAUAAAGAAGUCGUAAAAUCAUAAGGACGCUACGCUAUUGUAUUCAAAAAUUAAUAAUUAUAUUCUCUGUAUCCAAAUAUUAAAUUAUACAAUUUGAAAAUUGUAUUAUUUAAAUGCUGUUAAAAUUAUUGUAAUUCAAUAAAUAAAAUAUUUAAAGAGCUUAUCAUUUAUAACUAUUAUAGCUUAC